AUGGUUCGCUCUAGUAGCAUCAUCCUCUUUACCCACCUUGCUCGUCGAUCACUCGUUCACGCCAACGAUUCCAUAUAUGAAGUAGCUUUCCAAAGGGGUUAUAGGACAUUGAAUUUAGGAUCAUGUAGUUCAUCUAGGGUUAUUGGUAGUAAUGCACCAAAUGUUGCAGUUAAAGGCAGUGUUAAUUUGAAGAACUGGUUGCUAUUGGGAGUGGCUAAUUCGUAUUUAGGGGUGUCUAGAUCAAUUCAUGGCUCAGCACCGUUGGCAAGGGACUAUUAUGAUGUUCUUGGUGUGAGUAAAGAUGCAAGCUCUUCGGAAAUAAAGAAAGCUUACUAUGGGCUUGCAAAGAAGCUUCAUCCAGACACAAAUAAAGAUGAUCCUGAGGCUGAAAAGAAGUUUCAAGAAGUCACAGUGGCAUAUGAGGUUUUGAAGGAUGAGGAAAAGCGUCAACAGUAUGAUCAGGUUGGACAUGAUGGCUAUGUAAACCAACAAAGCACUGGUUUUGGAGGCGAGGGUGGCUUCAAUCCUUUCGAGCAUGUGUUCAAUGGCUUCAAUCCUUUCAACAACAUUUUCCGUCAAAGUGCUGAUGUCAAGACUGUCAUUGAACUAUCUUUUACCGAAGCUAUCCAAGGGUGCACCAAAACUUUGACAUUUCAAACAGAUGUACUUUGCAAUGCUUGUGGUGGGAGUGGUGUUCCUCCUGGUACAAGACCUGAAACUUGUACGCGAUGUAAAGGAUCCGGGGUGAUAUUUGUACAAACUGGAAUAUUCAGAAUGCAGAGUCCUUGUGGCACCUGCAAGGGAACUGGGAGAAUUGUAUCGAGUUUCUGCAAGUCUUGCAAGGGUGAGAAAGUUGUCAAAGGAACAAAGACAGUAAAGUUGGAUAUUAUCUCUGGAAUUGACAAUAAUGAGAUUCUAAAGGUGUAUGGAGGCGGUGGAGCAAAUCCAGAUGGACAUCAUUCCGGUGACCUAUAUGUUACUAUCAAGGUUAGGGAAGAUCCUGUUUUUCGCAGAGAAGGAUUAGAUGUUCAUGUGAAUGCUGUUUUAAGUUUUACUCAGGCGAUUUUGGGGGCAACCAUUGAGGUCCCAUCUUUUACUGGAAAUGUAAUGCUUAAGGUUCCCCCGGGCACCCAACCUGGUCAAAAGGUGGUUUUGAAAAGGAAAGGCAUAAGAAAAGGAACAAAUACUUUCAAAUACGGGGACCAAUAUGUUCAUUUUAAUGUCAGCAUUCCAACGAAUCUGACAGAGAGACAGCGGGAAUUAAUCGAAGAGUUUGCCAAGGAAGAGCAAGAGGAAUCGAACAAACGGAAAGCUGCUUCGUCUUCUAGUUAA